CUUCGAGUGCUGAAGUUGGUGUAGUGGGGUGGAGAGUGCUGCGGCUCCAGCGGUGUGGACCGGACACCGGCGUCUCCGUUUUAUUAAUUACUUAGUAUAUAUUUUUUUAUUCUAUCUACUUCUUAUGGACCUGUGCUGGAAAUACACAAUAAGCGUGGUUGCAUUUGGGUAGUCGAAGUGAACGGGUAUUUUUCACCAACUUUGCUAAACGAGCACGGCGACGAGAAGCGUCUUCGUGGAAGUCUGCGCGCGGCGGAAGGCGUCCGAAUCAGUUUCAAAGAGGACAACAUCUUUGUCAAGUUGCUGGACUUUUCCUUCAAACCACCUGGCAUUUUUUUUUUGAACGCCAUCCUCACAUCUCCAAUCCUACCAAUAGCGCACUCCAGAGCGCUUUAAAUUUCGGAGAGAAUCCGGCAAAGCUCAGCUGGUUCACUGGUUAAAAGGCUUACAAAGUGAAAGAGCUCGAAUGCCAGAAUCCGCAGUGAUGCACCGUAACGGGAUGCUGUCAGACAUCCAAACUCGAAUCCGAACGGAACCCCUUAACGGCAGUUACGAAGUCGCAGGCAAAGAAUUGGGCAGGGGGAAGUUCGCCGUGGUGAAGAAGUGCGUGGACAAGACCACCGGGAAUGAACAUGCGGCCAAGUUUCUGCGCAAACGGCGCAAGGGUGUCGACUGCCGCAUGGACAUCAUCAAUGAGGUGGCCAUCCUGGAAAUGACCAAGUCCAACCCGUAUGUGGUGGCCCUGCACGAGGUCUUCGAGACCACCUCUGAAAUCAUCCUGGUGUUGGAGUACGCCGCUGGUGGUGAGAUUUUCAAUCAGUGCGUUGCAGACAACGACGAGGCCUUCACAGAGAAGGAUGUCAUCCGAUUGGUCAGGCAGAUCCUCAGCGGGGUGGCAUUCCUGCACCGGAGCAACGUGGUUCACCUGGACCUCAAGCCCCAGAACAUUCUUCUGACAAGCAGCAGACCCUUGGGGGAUAUCCGAAUAGUGGACUUUGGCCUGUCUAGACAAGUGGACAAUGUGAAGGAAGUGCGGGAGAUUCUGGGAACGCCAGAAUAUGUAGCUCCUGAAAUCCUGAGUUACGAUCCGAUCAGCACAGCCACAGACAUGUGGAGUAUCGGGGUCCUGACGUACGUCAUGCUGACCGGAGAGUCGCCAUUUCUCGGAGACGACAAGCAGGAGACGUAUCUGAACAUUUCCCAGGUGAAUGUCAGCUACUCGCAGGAUGUCUUUGAGGGGGUCUCCAACUUGGCCGUGGACUUCAUCAAGUCUCUCCUGGUUAAAAGCCCCAGGGCAAGGGCCACAGCUGAAGACUGCCUACAGCACCCCUGGCUGACCCCCCACCCCGAUGCCCUGACGCCCCUGAGCGAGUCUGACGCCGGGCAGUCGGACCCCGAGAGCCCCGACUCGGCUGAGGAGCUCGUCCUGUCCUACACCAUCUGCCAGAGCGACCUUGAGGUGGUGCGCAAGAGCUUUACGUUUGAGGAGCCAUUCAGCGCCCGGCCGGAGAUCCAGCAGGAGCUCGUCUGCUGACCCGGUGCGGCCCCCCCUCGCCCACCCGCCUGCACUUGGCUUGGGAUUUUCUGUCGUGUGACAGCGAGGUGACAAUUUCCACCGGGACUUGAGACUGCCUCCCCCUGGUGUCAGCACGGUCAUUUUGAUUUUUUUAAAGCUGGGGACAUAAUGGGGGGGGGUCAAAUUUUGGGACGGCAGUUUUCAAGAAGAGGACGGCUUUGGACUGCCCAGCCUGCAGAUCCUCAGAUGUGCGAAUUUGUGAGCCGCCCGAUGCCCGCCAGGUGCCCCCCCCGUUCUUUUUUUCUUUUUUUUCUUUUUUUUUAGGUUCCUCUCCUUGUUUUUAUUGUGCACUUUAAUGAUCACAAGAAGUGGCAGUCAUGCCAGGGACGGUGAGUCACAUGACAGUUUGGGUGUGUGACACACAUUUCAAAAGGGCACGCAAGCGGUUUGGACUGACAUGGUCAUGUGGUGACACGCCGGUGCCACUGUGCCCCUCUGCUGUGGUACCAGCUCACUUUGCUUGCCACCAGAGACUCGUGGGGAUUGACUUGUUGUUUCUUUCUUUUUUGGGGGGGGGGUUUGGGGGGUCCUCUGUUUUUGCUGCUGCUCAUGCUUUGCGAACAGCUGAGGUUUGGGGGAGCAAAAUCAGAAGCGUUGAAGCACUGCAACUGCAAACUCUGAGCACCUUGUACUGAAAAAGGAGAAAAAACGUCAAAGGUCUGAUUGUGUUUUAUGCAAAUGUAUUUUAAUUAUUCUGUUUAUUAAUAAUAAUAAUAAUAAUAAUAAAGAAAUGAAUUAUUUUUCUAUUUUAUGUUUUAUAUAUUCAUGUUGUAAAUUAAAUAUUAAGUCUCUGUGUGAGAGAUGGGGGGCAUUAGGCCUGGAGUGGACUUUUGGGGGUCUGCUGUCCCAACCCCCCCCCUUGCAUCCCUUUUAUGCUUGGUGGAGGGGAGGGUGGUGUCCUUAGCCAUCUUUAAUGGCCCACCGGGUUAAAGACCCCUCUUAUGUGUGGGGGGGGGCUCCUUAACCAGAUGGGCCGUUAAAAACCCUUCUUAUGCUGGGGGGCUCUUUAACCAUCUCUUAUUCUGGGGGGGCUCUUUUAACCAUCUCUUAUUCUGGGGGGGGUCUUUAAUCAUCUCUUUUGGUAGGAGGGUAUCUAACCAUCUUUAAUGGCCCACCAGGUUAAAGUCCCCUCUUAUGCUGGGGUGGUCUUAACCAUCUCUUUUGCAGUCUUUAAUGGCCCACCUGGCUGCAAGUGGCUUAGAAUUGGGGGGUGGGGUAAUGAACUAAUGGAAAAUCCUGCCUCCAUUUGGUGGGAGGGACAUGUAAAUCAAAGACCCCCUUUUUAGGGCCGCAGUUGUGGGCUUCUCCCGUUGUAUUGGUCUGUGUUUCUGAAGGUUAAUAAAAUUUUAUUUUUAUUCUGGA